AUGUCUUUGAAACAUAUAAACUUAACAAGAUAUGAUGAACGUAGAUCAUCCAAUAGUGUUCUUUCUAAUAUCAAGACGAUUCAAGAAAGAUAUAAUUUUGAUGAUCCAGAUUGGAAGAACAUUAGAAUCAAGUUAAACUACGAUUAUAUUACAGGAAAUCUUCGUGAUCCUCAAACAUGCUAUGAAGAAGAUCAACAGAUACAAGUUGGCUCAGAAACUAUUGCUUGUGACAAAAACAAAGUUGUUUCAAAUAUGGAUCUCACUAACUUUACUAUUACAAUGAACAAUCUGAAAACAUUCCUCGAAAAUUUCCUCAAAGUUAUUCCAACACCUAAUAAAGAUUAUGAUUUUGAAUAUAUUAUCAAAUUACCUCAAUACAAAUCUUCUUCUUCUACUAUAGCUGAUGCAAAUAUAUUAGAAUACGACAAAUUAAGAAGACCAUUAAAAUCUGAUAUAAAGAUUAAUCCUGCCAAAAUUUAA